CUCGCGAGGUUUGGGUCCUCUGAGCGUGCAGGUCCGAGGCGGUCCGCGGAGGUUUACCUCCGGCCAGUGAUGGGGCUGAGCUCCGCUGACCUUUCCAGCCGCAUCUCCACUGAUGGUCUCUGCUGGGUCCUGAGUCUGCUCGCUGAAGAAGGUGAACAGACGAGCGGAGUCUCUUCCCGUGGGUGCGUAGGUCCCUGUUAGCAGAGGCUUUGAGUCCUAACGCCACUGCUGACGGCUGCGAGGGAUUGAGACCAGAGUAUUCCUUUAGAAAUGAGUUGCACAAUUGAGAAGGCACUUGCUGAUGCUAAAGCUCUUGUUGAAAGAUUGAGAGAUCAUGAUGAUGCAGCAGAAUCUCUGAUUGAGCAAACCACAGCUCUUAACAAGCGGGUAGAAGCAAUGAAGCAGUAUCAGGAAGAAAUUCAAGAACUUAAUGAAGUUGCAAGGCAUCGGCCACGGUCCACAUUAGUUAUGGGAAUCCAGCAAGAAAACAGACAAAUCAGAGAAUUGCAACAAGAGAACAAAGAAUUGCGUACAUCUCUGGAAGAACAUCAGUCUGCCUUGGAACUUAUAAUGAGCAAGUAUCGAGAGCAAAUGUUUAGACUGCUAAUGGCUAGCAAAAAAGAUGAUCCAGGUAUAAUAACGAAGUUAAAAGAGCAGCACUCCAAGAUUGACAUGGUACAUCGUAACAGCUCCGAAGGAUUCUUCCUUGAUGCAUCUCGACACAUCUUUGAAGCAUCUCAACAUGGACUGGAGAGGAGGCACUUGGAAGCAAAUCAGAAUGAAUUACAAGCACAUGUUGAUCAGAUAACAGAAAUGGCAGCAGUAAUGAGGAAAGCCAUUGAAAUUGAUGAGCAACAGGGCUGCAAGGAACAGGAACGAAUAUUUCAACUUGAACAAGAAAACAAAGGCUUGAGAGAGAUCCUGCAAAUAACUCGAGAAUCAUUUCUGAACCUUAGGAAAGAUGAUGUGUCUGAAAGUUCAUCUUUGUCAGCAUUAGUGACCAAUAGUGACCUGAGUCUGAGGAAGAGCUGAAGAGCCUGUAAGUGUGUGAGCUUCCUGCAAGGCUCCAAAUGGUCACUGGGACUGGCCUACUGACAUGAAUGAACAGAAAAAUCCAUCUCAACCCUUUAUUUUUUUUCUAUAGUAUGUACAGUGCACUGGCAAUGACAUUCUUACGCUGGCAAAAAUGCAGAAUUAAUGGUUGUAGAUUUUAUUCCAAAAUAUAAUAAAAAAAUAGAAACUUUGUUAAUUGGGGAACAAACUAAAGAUUUUUUGAGUGACUGCUGAACCUAAUAGCAGUACUGUUGCUAUUCUGGCUGAUACUUGGAUAAACAUGAAUAUUCCCAAUAAAUGUUUGGGAAUUCAUAACAUUAUCCAAAUUUUAAAAUAUACAUCUUGGCACAGUUUUGUGAAUGGAAGACUGUCAUAUUAAAUGUUAUUUCUCCUCCCUGUUUGGUGUCAGAGUUAACAAAUAGCUUAUGUACUGUGAGAUUUCAGCUUUAAUGGUUGCCUGUCUACCUUCCCAUUACUGUAAAUUUUGGUCAAAGAAAAUUCAGUUUGCAAGACUGUAGGAAUGUUUCAAAUGCACCAUAAACAAAAGUUAAUUUAAUUUUAGCUGAUUUGCCAUAAUUAAAAUACUCCACUAACAAUUAUCCAUAAGUUUAAGUUUAUGAAAUAUCAUUUCAGGAAUGAAAGAGAAAGAGUAUUACUUUCUAAGAAAGAUCUUAUAAGAGACAUAUUAGUAGGUUAAACUACUCCUUUGAGAGAUUUAAGUUUUGGUUCUAAAUAAUGAAGAUGAGAUUUUUCUCUUCUCUGGUUGAUCUUUAAGGAUAUUAGGUAGUUCUUUUAGCUAACAGAGUUGCAAUGUUUGAUAUAGCAAGCUAGGUAUGGUAAUGUCAAAGUAAAUUGGGGAUUCCUCUGCCUCAUUGAACCCUUUUUUAAAAGUAUUCUUAAGAAAUACAGAAAGUAAAUUAAAAUUUCAAAAUAAAAUUUGUUUUCUGGUCCUCAUAACCUGUAAGAUUUUUCUUAUACUCUGUCAGUCAAAGGG